AUGGUCAUAAGGAAAAAUAUUAAAAAUAUCCUUAAGCUUAAUGUGGUUACUCUAUUUUGGUUAUCUUAUGUUUUUCUUCUUAAUCCAUAUGGAAAUUUGAAAAAUAUGAUGGUGUGUAAUGCUGUCCUUCUUCCAUUUAAUGAAAAAAAUAAAGGCAUAAAUAAUUUUAUGUAUAUUAACCCAAGGAAUAUUAUUUUGAAUAAAAUAAAAAGAGAUGACAUAAAACUAGAAAAAGAUAAUAUGAUCCUAUCCCAACACAAUAGAAAAAGAGAUAAUUAUAUUAAACCACAAAAAGGAAAUGAAAAAAAUAUGAAUAAUUUUACAUUUAUGUUAAAAGGAAGUACACAAAAUAUUAUGAACAUUAAAGAAAAAGAAUAUGAUCUUGCUAUUAUCGGAUGCGGUGUUGGAGGUCAUGCUGCUGCAAUUAAUGCUAUGGAAAGAAAUUUAAAAGUUAUUAUAUUUGCAGGUGAUCAAAAUUGUAUUGGAGGAACAUGUGUUAAUGUUGGCUGUAUACCAAGCAAAGCGUUAUUAUACGCUACAAAUAAAUAUAGAGAAUUAAAAAAUUUAGAUAAAUUAUAUUAUUAUGGUAUCUAUAGCAAUAUUUUUCAAAAUAAUAAAAAUACUGAAAUAGAAAGUAACGAACUCGUUUCAAAUAGCUUCCAAAUUAACGUUAAUAAAUUAAAAGAAUACACACAAAGUGUUAUUGAAAAAUUAAGAAAUGGAAUUUCACAUGGAUUUAAAACAUUAAAAUUUAAUAAAAAUUCUGAACAUGUUCAGGUAAUUUAUGAACACGGUCAGCUAUUGGAUAAAAAUACUAUAAAAAGUAAAAAAAGUGGUAAUACAUAUAAAGUAAAAAAUAUCAUUAUAGCAACAGGAUCUGUACCUAAUAUUCCAGACAAUGUUGAGAUAGAUGACAAAAGUGUUUUUACAAGUGAUAUGGCAGUAAAAUUAGUUGGUUUAAAAAAUUAUAUGAGUAUAAUUGGUAUGGGAAUAAUUGGUUUAGAAUUUGCAGAUAUAUACACAGCUUUAGGGUCAGAAAUCACAUUUUUGGAAUAUUCAUCAGAAUUAUUACCAAUAAUUGAUAAUGAUGUAGCAAAAUAUUUUGAAAAGGUAUUUUUAAAAAAUAAGCCUGUAAAUUAUCAUUUAAAUACCGAGGUUAAAUAUAUAAAGGCUUCUAAAAAUAAUAAUCCGGUUAUUAUUGGAUAUUCACAUAGAAUUAACAAUGAGGAUAAUGGGAAAAAAAAUAUGACAGACGUUAAAGAAUUAUAUGUUGAUAGUUGUUUAGUUGCUACUGGACGAAAACCAAAUACACAAAAUUUAGGUUUGGAACAAAUGAAAAUACAAAUGAAUAAAGGAUAUGUAUCAGUAAAUGACAAUUUACAAGUAAAAAUGGAAAAUAAUGAAAUUUAUGAUAAUAUAUUUUGUAUAGGAGAUGCAAAUGGAAAACAAAUGUUAGCACAUACAGCAUCAUAUCAAGCUUUAAAAGUUAUUGAUUUUAUUGAAAAAAAUAAUGUAAACAUAAAUGGUGAAAAUAAUUUGAAUAAACCCAUAUUAUAUAAAAAUAUACCUUCUGUUUGUUAUACAAAUCCUGAAUUAGCUUUUAUCGGAUUAACAGAAAAAGAAGCAAAAGCAUUAUAUCCAGAUAACAUAGGUAUUGAAAUUUCCUAUUAUAAAUCAAAUUCAAAAAUAUUGUGUGAAAAUAAUAUUUCCUUAAAUAGUAAUAAAAAAAAUAAUUCAUAUAAUAAAGGACAUUAUAACAUAAAUGAUAAUACAAGUGGUAUGGUAAAAAUAAUAUAUAAAGAAGACACAAAGGAAAUUUUAGGAAUCUUCAUAGUUGGAAAUUAUGCUUCUGUUUUAAUUCAUGAAGCAGUACUUGCAAUUAAUCUAAAAUUAUCAGCAUUCGAUUUGGCAUAUAUGGUUCAUUCUCAUCCAACAGUAAGUGAAGUUCUGGACACUGCUUUUAAAUCUAUAUCAAAAAUAAGAACUCACUAA